AAAAUAACUUUGGAAAAUGGUUGGAUUUGCACCUGUAGAUGUGCCUCCUUCAGCAGCUAUAAAGUUUGUGGGAGCAGGAACUGCAGCCUGCAUUGCAGACCUGCUCACCUUUCCCCUGGACACCGCCAAAGUGCGGCUGCAGAUCCAAGGAGAGGCCAGAGCCUCAGCAGCUACAGCUACAGGCCCUGCAGUGAAGUAUCGUGGAGUGUUUGGCACCAUCACUACCAUGGUGCGUACAGAGGGACCUCGGAGUCUUUACAGUGGGCUGGUGGCAGGACUCCAGAGGCAGAUGAGCUUCGCCUCUGUCAGGAUUGGUCUCUAUGACUCUGUUAAGCAGUUCUACACUAAAGGCUCGGAUCAUGUUGGCAUCGGCAGUCGACUGCUUGCAGGAUGCACCACAGGUGCCAUGGCAGUUGCUUUUGCUCAGCCCACAGAUGUGGUGAAAGUCCGCUUCCAGGCUCAGGCCAGGUCUGGUGGACAUGCUAGACGCUACUGCAGCACCAUUGACGCUUACAGGACCAUUGCUAAGGAAGAGGGUGUUCGUGGGCUGUGGAAAGGUACCGCUCCAAACAUUGCACGUAAUGCUAUUGUUAACUGCACAGAGCUGGUGACCUAUGACUUCAUCAAGGAUAUGCUUCUUAAGUCCACAGCUCUGACAGAUAACCUGCCCUGCCACUUUGUGUCGGCCUUUGGUGCAGGGCUGUGCACCACAGUGAUCGCAUCCCCUGUGGAUGUGGUCAAGACAAGAUAUAUGAAUUCUGCUCUUGGCCAGUACAGCAGCGUCCUCAGGUGUGCUGCUGCUAUGAUGACCCAAGAGGGACCACUUGCCUUUUAUAAGGGGUUCAUGCCAUCUUUCUUACGCCUGGGCUCCUGGAACGUGGUGAUGUUUGUCACAUAUGAGCAGCUGAAACGAGCCAUGAUGGCAGCGAAUCACAGCUGCACAGCUGUAUAACCACUAUAGCCAGAAGGCUGAUGUUGUACCACAGCUGUGUUGCAUAAAAUUAGCUUUAUUUUUAUUGUCUCUCAAGGUAUAUUUCAAAGUAUUCCAUAUUGUAUCAAUCCCUCUAUUUCAUGACAGAAAUGACAUCAGGUAUUUAUGUAAAUGGGAUCAAUUUUUAAAUGCUAGAGCUUGUUUGAUCAGCUGUUUGCUCUCAGCCGAGAGCUUCUCAGGGAACUGGAUGUCAAAAGUGAUGAUGAGGUCUCCUCUCUGGGAAGGAUCCUGGGACAGCGGCAUUCCCUCUCCAGUCAGCAUUUUUUUGUAUGUAGGGCUGAUAAGUUAUAACAAAUCAGAGAGAGGAGGAAGGUAACUGAUGAUGAUGAUGCUUGAAAUCAAAACAGAGUUCCAUAAAAGUCCUGAUUCAAGUGUA